AUGCAUGCGCACGGAGCUUUGCGCCUGAUCUGCUGCCAACUUCUGCUUCUGGGGGUAUUUGGAAAGCACCCUCUAAAUCAACAACCUGGCACGAGGAACAUCUCACCUGAAGCGUCCAGACCGGACCGGACCCGACAUCACUUACCCACAUAUAUGAUGCACCUCUACCGGAAUUUCAAAGUGAACGUCACGCGACCUGCGGAUUUUAUGGAGCACGAGCGCGCGGAUACCAUCAAGAGCAUCCUGUCAAAGAGUUUGAUCAAUGAAGGCACACACUACAUUGCAAACUUUGACCUGUCCUCUUUGCUGUCCGAACAACAGAUUCAAGCCGCGGAGUUGAGGAUUCAUGUUCCCAGUGAAAUGAAUCAAACAAACAUUACGGUGGAAAUCAGACAACAGCAGGAUGUACCGUGCUAUCAACAUGACGUCUGCUUGGAAACCCCGUCUCUGGGAGUGCUUUCAGAAGCAUCUCUGAUCAGCGUCUCCCAUCAGUGGAGGAUCUACAACGUCACGGGUCUCCUGCUGGACUGGGUCGGUCCAGAAGUAUCUGAGUUGAGGCCCUUGAAGGACAGGCACGCUUUGAGAUCCAGCAGACAUGCUCUUCAAAACGGACACAGACGUGCGGAUGGUCACAGAGCCAUGCUCCUGAUAUUCUCACACACAGUUUCACAACAGGGAAUGCAAGAUAAGGCGAGUCUCCUUCACACAGCUGAGAAGUCCAAGUUUCUGUUCAAUACAGAAGGAAAGGAGGUGCGGAGAGACAGGACCCACAAGAGCAAAAGGGGCAGGAGAGGUCAGCCCAUGAGGAACCCAGAGGCGGUCAGGAGUCCCAGCGAGAUGAGUUUGCUGUGUCGGAGAGUCGACAUGCACGUGGACUUCAAUCAGAUCGGAUGGAGCUCCUGGAUCACUUUCCCUAAGAAGUACAACGCUUACCGCUGCGAGGGUACCUGUACGAACCCUCUGGGCGAAGAUCUUCACCCCACCAAUCACGCUUACAUGCAGAGUUUGCUGAAGUAUUAUAAUACUAACCGAGUCCCUUCAGCCUGUUGUGCGGCCACAAAGAUGAGUCCUCUCAGCAUGCUGUAUUACGAGAACGGAGAGCUAAUCCUGCGCCACCAUGAAGACAUGGUCGUGGAGGAGUGCGGCUGUCUCUGAUGGACUCUUCUAAGAGACUGAACUGAAUGAUUCAAUGGCCCACAUCCUGACAAGCAAUCCUGUAUAAGAGCAAUCGUGUAUGUGCCUCAGUUAGCGUAAAACUUCCUGUGAACAUCCAAGUCAACAUGCCACAGCGGGCAUACGUCCCACAAGAACAGAGUGGCAUUAUCCAGAGACAGAUCCGGAGCUUCAACCCGACACGUACCCGAUGCGGUUUUAGAAUAGCAAAUUCAUAUUUUUUGAUUAUCCUCCAGGGAAAAAGAUGGAAAAUAAGGCCU